CAUCACUCUCCCCCCCCAAAAAUAGACCUCUCUCCUUCUCUUUCUCUCCGUUACAUUCUUCGCUCACAUCCUCCCAAAAAAGGCUCUCUCACCUUUUCCUUUUUUCUUUCAUUUAUUUACACUAAUAACCUUCUCCGUUUUGCACCAAUGGAACAACAAAAACUAACUCCGGAGCUCUUCCUCGUCGCCGGUAACUCUGACUCUUUCGUUGUUGACGACCUUCUUGACUUUUCUAACGACAACGGCCAACCUGACGACGGACUUGAAACCUUUCCUGAUUCUUCCACCGUCUCCGCCGGUAAUCUUGCUGAUAGCUCCAACUCCUCCUCGUCCCUUUACACCGACGGCAGUGUAUUUUCCGACGACCUCUGUGUUCCGUGUGAGGAUUUAGCUGAAUUAGAAUGGUUAUCGAACUUCGUGGAAGAAUCAUUCUCAAAAGAAGACCAAGACAAGCUUCAGUUACUAUCCGGCUCACAAAAACCUCAAACCACCGGUUUAACACAAACCUACAUAACUAAACCAGAACCAGAACCCGAACCCGAGUUGGAUCAAAUCUUCAUCCCCACCGACACUGACGACUCAAAUAUUCCCUUUCCCGCCAAAGCAAGAAGCAAGAGACCACGCUCCGCAGCCUCCACGUGGGCUUCACGUCUUCUCGCACUCGCCAACUCCGACGAAACCUGUCCGAAGAAGAAACAACUUAAAACUAAAGAACACGAAACAGCUGGAGCACUCGAAGGCGGCGAAGGGGGAGAGAGACGGUGUCUUCACUGCGCGACGGAUAAGACGCCGCAGUGGCGGACGGGACCGAUGGGACCUAAGACGCUGUGCAACGCGUGCGGAGUAAGGUACAAAUCAGGAAGGCUCGUCCCGGAGUAUAGACCGGCUUCGAGUCCGACGUUUGUGAUGACGAGGCACUCGAACUCUCACCGGAAAGUGAUGGAGCUGCGGCGACAGAAGGAGAUGAGAGACGAGCAUUUGCUGAGUCAGCUCCGGUGUGAGAAUCUCAUGAUGGAUAUUAGAUCCAACGGUGGUGAAGAGUUCUUGAUCGGUAAUAAUAAUAGCCACGUGGCUUCUGAUUUUAGGCGCUUAAUCUAACCUUUCCACGUGGAUUAACUCAGAAGAAUAAGUUCUUUAUGUUUUUUUUUUUUUUAAAUUGUUGUUAGCGUCUUGU